AUGCCCACGCCCAAGCCGACCAGCAGGUUCCUCUCCCUGCUCCUCGUCACGCUGCUCGUGUGGCUGCUUGACGCCGCCGUCGCCCAGAGCGCGUCGCCCAAGCUCCUCUGGUGCGCGAGUCCGCUGUCGCCGGCGUCGCUAUCCCAGUCGGAUACGUGGGUGGACGUCCCGGACACGCGCAUGGAGCUGGAGCUGCCGAACGAGGCCGUGGUCCUCAUCUCGUACGACGUGGCGGUCUCGCACGUCACAGACACGCAGUCCGAGGGCGUCUCCGUGGACCAAGUGAGCGAGCUGUCCUUCCGCGUGGCGGUGGACGGCUCGCCCUACCGCCAGUCCGCGACGACGGUGGACGACCGGGAGCCCGUGGCCACCACAGCCAGCGGCUUCCUCGUGCUCGAGAUCCCGCGCGGACACCACGACGUCAAGCUGCAGUGGAGGAAGCGCGGGACACACGUGCUCAAGUGGGCGGUGGCGAGUGAUAUCCUGGACGGCUUCGCAGGCGGACGCAACCUCAUCGUGUCGGCCCAGCACCGCUUCAUCUGGCACACACAGCCGAUCGCCGCGGUCUCGUUAUUGACGGUGAAUAAGUGGGAGGCGGUGUCCGGGAUGGCGGUGAACUUCCGCCUGUCGGAGCCCGCGACGAUGCGGUUCUUCUACCAGUUGCCUGUGCGGCCAGAGCUGGUUCAGUACUCCCGUGCAGAUACGGCUGCAUACGAUGAGAUCGAGACGGUGCUCGAGAUCAAUGGGCUUCGUUACCGAGAGACGGGGUCGUAUGGUAUCGUCGAAGGCUCCAGGAAGUCGACAGCGCAACUUCAGGGCAGCAUUAUCAUGGAUCUAGUGCCCGGCGAAUAUAGUGCAGUGCUGUACUGGAAGUCGCUUCUGGGAUCCAGUCGCCCGUGGUAUUCAUCGCCUAAUGCUCUGGACGGGUUUGCUAUGGGGCGCGUGCUGGCGGCCGUAGGCGAGUGGAACCUGGAUUCGGUGUCUGUGUACCAUUUGGAGCAAUUUAAACCGACUUCUGUUGGCGAGUGGUCGGAUGUUGGAGACUCGGUGCUCCAGUUCACGCUGCCGAAGGCAACGCAGGUCUCACUGAGCUACAAUUUACCGCUUUCGCAGAGUGACAAUCCCCAAUUCAGUAGCUGGACUGGAGACUCAUGGGACCGUGUGCAAGCUCGUGUGAAUACCUGGAACAACGACCCAAAACUUAUUGCCCCUGCGCUGGUUACAGGAGAGGAGGACAAGACGCUAGGGAUCACCGGCAUUUCUAUUAGUGAUACGGACAGCGAGAUGGCGCUCGAUUAUGAAGUGACGGUCAGCAUGUCUGUCAAGAGCGGCGUCCUAACGCUCGACCCGACCCCUGGGAUCACAUUUGGUUCUGGUAAUGGCGAUCGCAACGAGUACUUGUUGUUUAGCGGGACCCUCAGUAACGUAAACGCAUUUUUGGCUAAUGUGUGGUACCGAAGCUACCUGAACUGGUACGGUGACGACGCCCUCCGAAUAAAGGUGGUCGAUCAAGGCGUGACUGGCUUUACUGCCGCCACCACGGACGAGAGUACUAUCUUGAUACGUAUCGCUUCUGUGAAUGAUCCGCCUCAACUGACUGUGCCGGGUACACAAUAUUUGGUUGAAGACCAUCAACUCAGCAUAUUUGGGGUUCGAGUUUACGACGUUGACUCCACAUUUGCAAACAGUAACUCCACUUUUGAGAUGCAGCUAUUUGUACUAAGUGGCGUGAUCACUCUUGGCUCCACCAAAGGUGUCGUCCUUAUUGAAGGGAAUGGAGUUGCCGAUCGGCUUCUUCGCUUUCGUGGUGACCUGUCGGCUAUCAAUACAGCCCUUUUCGAGAUAAAGUACCAACCAGACAAGAACUUCAACUCACGACAGCAUACAGAAGAACUGGGUAUACGUGUGCGGGAUUUCAAUUAUCUGGAUGGCACUAUUACUGAUGCAUUCAAAAAUAUCCAUCUCGAAGUUCAAAGCUCAGAUGACCCCGUGAUGAUUGUGCCAUUGGAGCUAUCGACAAUAACUCUUCGUGGGUACGCCGUCAAGCUGGCGGGUGAAACCACUGGCGCCAAGCUCGUGUACGCGCAGCUACUGGCAAUGACACCUUUUGGGGAAAUUCAACUAACUACGUCGACUAGCGAGUUUCCUGCUGGAGUGAUAAAACUUCCUGUCGGCGACCAACCUUCAAACGCGAUGAAUCUGACCGGCCCAGUGGAGGACAUUAGUGACAUUUUGCAGUCGGUUGUAUUUGUUCGAACGCCUUCGUUUUACGGGCACGAGGUCAUUUUUGAUACAGUCUUGCUGUGCGCUUUUGGAAAUGAUAUGGUGCAGGCGCGGUAUCUGUCGCCCACUAGUGUCUCGUGUGAAUCACCCAAAGUAGCCCAAGGUGUGUUAAACGUCAGCCUCAGGUUAACAACCAACAGCCAGGACUUUUCGGAGCCCCUUACGUUUACGUAUCGAGAUUCACCGGAGAUUAACGGUAUAAAUCCGCCGUAUGGAAGUUCUAGCGGGGGCGACAUCAUCGCGAUCACAGGCGCUAACUUCUUUCCAGACGAGCAAGCCAGCUGUGUUUUCAACGGUACUAUUAUCACCGGGUUAUCCUACAAGUCAUCAAGAUUGGUCUUGUGUCUGUCCCCAGCAGAGCCUGCAGCCGAACCGCAGGAGGUUAGUGUUGCCGUAGUAUUCGAAGGAACUCAGUAUGAAGCGCCUGCAAACUUCAGCAUCUAUGGUACGUUGCUCGCUACAUUUGCUCCUCGACAAUUCUUAACUGACAUGUUGUACUCCAUCCAGCUGCACCCACUGUAA